AUGGAACCAACAAGCAUGAGCUUGCGAUCCUUGCAAGAAAUACAACGGACGCGAGUCUUUCAUGAAAGCGUGGUAAGAGGUGGUAUGAGCCAACUGCUCCUGGGAUUAGAUUACUUACAUGAAGCCGAUAUAAUCCAUGCUGAUCUCCAUUCGGACAACUUGUUAAUUGCUCUCAAAGAUCAAACCAUUUUGGAAGAGCUUGAAGACGAUGAGAUUACGAGCCCCUCAGCGCGCAAGAUUAUUGCAAACAAUACCAUACAUACCUCUCAUUUUGUUCUUGGCGGCUUCGGGGCUUUGAUAAUAUCGGAUUUUGGACAAGCAGGACUAGGCGAACGUCAUUCUGGUAAUGCCAUGCCAGUACCAUAUCGAGCACCCGAGAUUAUUCUUGGGCUGGAAUGGGGUUCAAGCAUUGAUAUUUGGGCAACAGGUGUACUUGCAUGGAGUCUUUUUCAUCAAGAGUCGCUCUUUACCAUCUACGAUCAGACCUCUACUGAAAUGAAUGACGCACACCAUCUGGCCUAUAUAACGGCUCUUUUAGGACCUCGACCAUUGCAGCUGCUUCAAAAGACUGAUAAGACGAAGCAGUACUGGGACUCAACAGGCCAAUGGGUUGGACCAGUUCCACUUCCGGAUGACUGA